GGACAGUUUUCAAUCUAGACUCGGCCAAGGAAGUGCUCGUCCGCUCGCUAUAUCAUACGAGGCCUCUCCGAGAGACAGCGAGUGCGUUUAGUAGCAUUUUGCGCGUGUGCCGUUUCGUACCAUAAAUUAAGAUAUAUAUCGUAAAAAAUAUAUCAUCGAUCCUCGUUGUUAACGAUAUAAGCAGUGUCGCAUACAUAUAUUGAGAAAACGCGUAGGAGAGGAGACCCUUUUUGUGUUUUUUUCCGUAUCCUCUCUCUCCUUGGUUUUUUAUUUCUUAUUCGUUGGUCGUAACGAGAUUCAUUCAGUGCAACUUGUGUGCGCGCGUGGAGUGUGUCGAUACGAUAUAUAUAGCAGUGAGCCAAAUUAGUGAUAGUACACGAAGAUCCAAAUUGUCGCGCGCAAAAUUUCGGAGCCUUCAAUUAAUACUAUAUCAAUGUUAUAGUACAGUGAGAGUGAAUAUAGCUCAUAAUAACGGAGAACUGUCAAAAUCACGUCGAAUGUUAUGAUUGUUAAAGUCGAGAGCAGCCAUCUACAUCAACAUCGCCCAAAUCAUCAUCAUCGUCGUCGUCGUCAUCAUCCAUCGUCAUCCAAUCCCAAUCAUCAUGAUCAUGCAGACGGAUCUCUUAGUUAACAGCCACCACCGCCACCACAGCCAAGACUUCAGCAGCAUCUCGGCAGCAGUUAACGUCAACAUCAACAAUAACAAUCGUCAUCAUCAUCAUCAUCAUCAUCAUCUCUACUAUAACAACAACAAUAACAACACGAUAGUAAGCAGCAGCAGCAGCAGCAUUGGUAUCAGUGGUAUCAGUAGUAGCAGCAUGGAGCUGGUCAGCGGCGACUGGCUGCGCGACGAGCUCGCCAGAAUCAACGGUGCUUCUUCCUCGAACAAUCACGAGCUGCUCGUGAUCGACUGCCGGGGCCAGGGCCAGGCUUACGCGGAGUCGCGGGUGCGCGGCAGCGUGGCCCUCGCCAUCCCGACGAUCAUGCUGAGGCGGCUGGCCGCGGGCAAGGUCGACCUGCUGGCCACCAUCAAGUGCCAGGAGCUGAGGUCGCGCGUCGAGCGCAUGCUGAAGCGGGACGAUGACUCAGAAACUAAUUCUUCGACGUCGUCGUCGAGAUUCGUACUGGUGGGCGACGCCACGGAGCCAGCCGGACACCAGGCCGAGACGAUCGCGGUGCUGGCCAAGAGGCUCGAGUGCUGCGGCGCCCAGGUGGCCCUGCUCGAAGGCGGCUUCGGCGCCUUCAAGGACAGAUAUCCGGAAUGGUGCGAGGGCACGGCCCACCACGACCCGACGCAGACGACGAACGCGAACAACGCGACGACUCCCGGCGGCGGAGCUGCGGGUAAUGGCGCGGCGCGAGGCGGCGGCAACGACGGCGCCGAGCUCAUGGGCUUGAGAUCGCUGAGAAUAUCGGCACCGCCCGCCAGGGCCUACAGCGACUCCGACAGCGACAGUACCUGCGACUCCAUCGGCCCAGACGACGACAAAGACUUUCCCGUGGAGAUAGUUCCGCACCUGUAUCUGGGUAACGCGGCGAACAGCGAGGACAGCGAGGCGCUGACCCGCCACGGCAUCCAGUACGUGCUCAACGUCACCCCGGACCUGCCCAACGUCUUCGAGGACGCGGGCAGCAUCAAGUACAUGAAGAUACCCAUAAGCGACCACUGGUCCGCCAAUCUCGCCAGCUUCUUUCCCCAAGCCAUACAAUUUAUCGAGGAAGCGAGGAGCGCCGACAAGGGCGUGCUGGUGCACUGCCUGGCCGGCAUAUCGCGCUCGGUCACCGUCACCAUGGCUUACCUCAUGCACAAGUGCAAUCUCAGCCUCAACGACGCCUUCAAUCUCGUGCGCAGCCGCAAGUCCAACAUCGCCCCCAACUUCCACUUCAUGGAGCAGCUGCACAGCUUCGAGGGCGAGCUCAGAGAUCUCCGACAGCAGCAGCUCAUGGACGGCUGCGGAUCGUCGAGCGCCACUGACGCCUGCGUUAGCAGCAGCAGCAGCAGCAGUCAACACGUAGAAGGUGGAGUUACUCAGCAGCAUCAUCUUCACGAGCAUUAUCAGCACAUACAGCAUCAGAAUCAUCUGAAUCAGAUCAAUCAUCAACACAGUCAUAGUCAUAGUCAUCAUCAUCAUCAUCACCACAAGAAGCACCACCAGCAGGCAAAGAGCUGUCAGAGCUGUCCCAUCGGGCAGCAGUGCAGCUGUCCGACCUCCACGGGCAGCAGCUUUCUCAGUCCGCUCGACAUGGGUCUGAGCCCGGACUCGGGCAUCGAGUUCGAUCGUUGGGCAUCGAGCACGCCGGCCGAUUGAGACGGGCAAGGGGUGACCCCGUACAAGUUUUAAAAACGAUGAAACUGUGUAUAGUCGCGGGUCAUCCCUUAGAGUCACACGCAUGAUAUAUGACAAAAAAAUAUUAUAUAUAUAAUUGAGAUGAUAUAUACGGAAACGAUGAUUGUUUAAAGUUGAAAAUGUUUUCAAUUCGUUUUUUGCAGGAACCGAAUACAUAUGAAUGACUGUACGAUUGUGUAGAAAAGUAUAUAAUAUAGUGAUGACAAGCGUCUUUCCCUACCCUAUGGCAUGGAUGUAAAAGAAAGAAAAAACGAAAGAAAGAAAGAAAGAAAGAAAAAGUAUUAGUGCAAUAAAAAUACGAAUAUACACCGUCUGUGUGCAACGGUUAUAUAUUGUAUUUAUAUACAUGACACCUUCGACGAGUUGAUUAUGAGAAAAGCAAGAGUGCGUGCACGUGUGGUGUUUUUUCCAUAAUCACUCUCAUCCUAUACUAUAUAAAAAUUCUCAAGUGUAUAAUGUUGUAAUUGUGUCUGUAUUGCCCGUUGUAUAUUUAUAAAUAUAUAUAUCUGCGAUAUACGGAGAAAGAAAGAAAAACAAAACAAAAAAAAAAUUAUAACGAAAUCGCUGCGCUGAAAUUGUAUCUCGCGUUUCGGAGGGGUACGCAUAUAAACGCGUUUCUUCUUUAUUUUUAUCUCCGUUCGUUGGAAACGAGGCUUGUUACAAGUACGAAGAGAGGAAUAUACGAGAAA